AUGGCAGAAGAAGGGCUGAGAUUGGAGCAAAGGCAUGGGAAGGCGAGAGUGAGAGUGGCGAGAGUUUGGCGUCACGACGACGGAUCUCAUCACUUUGUCGAAUGGAGCGUCAGCAUCAGCCUUCUCUCUCACUGCCUCUCCUCCUACCACCGUGACGAUAACUCCGACAUCGUCGCCACCGAUACCAUGAAAAACACCGUUUAUGUGAAGGCCAAGGAAUGUGGAGAUCGAAUCUCUGUGGAGGAAUUUGCUAUACUUACAGGGAAACACUUUUGCUCAUUUUAUCCACAGGUCUUCACUGCUAUUGUGAGAAUCAUUGAGAAGCCAUGGGAGCGUGUAUGCGUCGAUGGAAAACCACAUUUACAUGGUUUUAAGCUUGGGUCAGAGAGCCAUACCACAGAGGCGACAGUACAAAAGUCUGGUUCACUUGAGUUAACUUCUGGUGUUUCAGGGCUAGCUCUCCUGAAGACAACUCAGUCAGGUUUUGAGAGGUUUGUGAGAGACAAAUACACCAUUCUUCCUGAAACUCGAGAGAGAAUGCUGGCCACAGAGGUGAAUGCAACUUGGAGGUACUCGUACGACUCAGUUGCAAGCGUACCAAAUAAAGGACUAUACUUCAGCGACAAGUUCAUGGACGUAAAGAAAGUUCUGAUGGAGACUUUCUUUGGUCCUCCAGAAACCGGUGUGUAUAGUCCUUCUGUGCAACGCACUCUCUAUCUUAUGGGAAGCGCUGUACUGCGAAGGUUCGGUGAUGUAUCAUGGAUUCACCUUAAAAUGCCAAACAUUCACUUUCUACCUGUAAAUCUUUCAUCCAAGGAAAACCCUUCAAUGGUUAAGUUUAAGGAUGAUGUGUACCUGCCAACAGAUGAGCCUCAUGGAUCUAUAGAAGCAACCUUAAGCCGCAUAGCCUCGAAAAUGUAA